AUGGCAGAAGAACAAUCGAACAGUAAAAACCAUAAAAGGAGGAUUGCCAUUGGCAUUGACGACAGUGAACAUUCAGAACUCGCACUUCAAUGGUACUUUGACAACGUGAUGCGAGCAGACGACUAUGUCGUGUUGAUACACACUCCAGAACUAUAUGAUUUCUCUAUGGCUAGCCCGGCUGUUGUUGAUCAGCUGCUGAAGGAGCUAACAAAGAAAGUGACAGCUCUAGAAAAUAAGUUCAAAGAAAUUAUACAGAAAAAUAAGCUGACAGGAAAGUUCCGGACUGGUCAAGGGAAGCCAGGCGAGGUUGUUUGUAGAAUUGCACAGGAAGAGAAAUGCAUGCUCGUUGUCACCGGAACGCGCGGACUCGGGAAAGUCCGGAGAACAUUCCUCGGCUCCGUCAGCGACUACAUCAUCCACCACUCGCACGUGCCCGUUCUCGUUGUCAGAAACGCAACCCUGUACCGAUAGUGCCCUUUCGUCCUAAUGUUUCAAUGUUUAUCUAAAAGUUUUGUGUGUCUGACGGUAUGCAUAUCGACAAAAACAUCUUUAACGCCUCAUUUUAACAAUUCAUUAAACGUUACAAUUAACGGUUAUUCUUUUUUACAAACAUAUGUUGUUGAUGAUAAUAAUACAUCCUGAGCUACAAAAGGUUUAACUAAUUUAAGAUCGUGAUGAAUAAUUCAUUACAAACUAAAUAUGAGGUGUGAUUGCAUCUUUCUCGUUUUCAUGCUGUAUGUAGGUGCAAGCAUAUUUUCCACGGAGCGCUGGCAUAAACACGAUAAGUGGAGUAAAAAUUAACUCUUUAACAGUUUAAGAAACACAUUGUUGAGGAAUUGCAUAAUUAAGAAAUGCCUUUAUAUAUGUAUGAUUAUUGUGCACUCGUUACUCUUGGCAUAUAUCGUUAUUUGUGGGCAUUCACUUAACUGUGUGUAUUUUAGGACACAACCAUUGAUGUUCUAUGUCAGAUGU